AUGUGCCAAGGAGGACACCUCAAUCCCGGCAGCCACCAGAAGGUGCUGAUGAAAACGGGCCUCAUCCUCCUCAUCGUCGGGCACCUCAACUUCAUCACGGGGGCCCUCGUCCACGGCACCGUCCUGCGGUUCGUGGUGAGCCCCCGGGACGCCGUGUCCCUGCAGUACAUCACCGCCAACACCGCCUCCGUCAUCGCCGCCCUGCUGACCAUCUCCUGUGGCAUUGCUGCCCUCAUGCUGUCCCACUACCUCGCCCCCUCCGCCCUUAAAUGGGCACUUCUCGCCCUGAGCGCCUGCAGCAGCCUGGCCUGCCUGGCCUGCCUGCUGGGGCUGCUUGUUGCCAUCGGGCUGACCCUGGGCAACCAGGGCCAGGCACUGCUGGCCCCUUGUGCCGUCGCCAACAUCGCCCUUGCCCCGGUCUCCCGUGAGUGCCCCUUUGAUCCCACGCGUGUCUAUAGCUCCACACUGUCCCUCUGGGCCGUGUCCCUCGUGCUGGAGUCGAUGGAGAUCAUCUUUGGCAUCCGCUGCCUCCUGCUCGCCCUGGAGCUCCUCCACCUGGGCUGCUGCUGCCGCGGGACACACCGGAGGAAGGUCUCCUUGCAGGCAGCUCCUGAAGAGAACCCUGACCCCGGGCAGUGCCUGGGCUUGCUGAGGCUGGACAGCAUGGAAUGUGCCCAGCUCUGA